UUUGGAUGGCUAAAAUCUAGAAAAGAAAUAAAUUAAAACAGCCAACACAUACAUAUCAUUUUUAAAACGUUCACUCGUAUCAUCCCUAAUUUUGCUGCGCUUAUCGAUAUCUUAUCAUUCGUGGUGAAUGCCUUGAGCGACCAGGAUUCUUCAGAAAAAAAAAAUAAAGUACGGUCCGACAUAAAGAUACUGGGAGUCUUAAUAAACAUAAUUAGCUUCUUCUUGGACGUCGAGAGCCCUAGAUAAGAGCCGACUUGUUAUAUAUGUGUGCAGCGCUUACGGAUAAACAAGCAAAAGUCGGUUAUGGACUCGCGUAAUCGACGCGGCUACUCGGGGGGCAGUGGAAACGAUGGAACUGGGGGAAGGGGCGGCAAUAGCACCGCCUACUACAAUAGAUCCCGUUCCCGUUUCAGCAGAUCCCGGUCUCGGUCACGUGAGCGCAAUCGUGGCUUUGGCGGAGGAGGUGGCGGCGGAUUCAGACACCGCAAUACUCGUUCUCGGAGUCGAGACCGCUCGCCCGGCUUUAGGCACGACGAGCGUGGGGCGCGCGGGGGAGGUGGAGGCGGAGGAGACCCUGACUUAUAUCACAAUAUGAUCAAUGAUGACUUCAGGGAUGACCAGCGCAAUUACAAUCCAAGGAACAACUUUAAUAAUCGUCCAUUUCGGCGAGAGGAUAGCUUUGAACAAAACCGUAACCAUAGGAACAACAGCAGGGACAACGAUAGAGGUCGAGAUAAUCAUGACAAUCUUGACAACGAUCAGCGAUGGAGGGAUUUCGAUAACCGCGAACGCAAUUCCAUGGAGAGAUCGGAAAGGUUUCAAGACAGGGAACCGAAGAGGCCCUGGAACAGGAAUUAUUCUAACGAGCAUGAUGACAGAGGCAGGAGCCACGAGCGGAUGAGUCGGCCAAGAGAUAUUCGUCCAAGCAACAACGGCGUUGGGAGUAAUCGGGAACGAGAACGGGAUUGGGAGCACGACCGAGAUCAGGAUUGGAAUCAUGAUCGAAAUCAAGAUCGACAUAGAAGAGGCUCAUCCGAAGAGGAUUUGGAUGAAGGACAGAUGCGGAGAAACAAGAACGGGAAUUCCCAAGAGCCUCUCAAUAUAAUAAUUAUACUUGGGCUUACCAUGGAAAUUACCAGGGCAGAUAUUAUGAGCGAACUGAUUAAGAUGAACAUGGAGCCGGCCUGUAUUCGGAUUAUUCGAAAGCAUGGGAAACGCUUUUGUCCCGACUCCGCUGCAAUGCCUCAGCAGCAAAGAAAUUCAUCACGCGGUAUAGCGUUUGUCGAGUUUACCACCGUUGAAGAGGCGAAGCAAUGGAUGGAGAUUACUCAGGGUAUCCUCAAGUUGGGCGAUCAUCGGUUGACCAUGCAGUACAGCCAUACACGUAUACAGGAUUGGAACUGCAGCAAGUGUGGCGUCUGCAACUUUAAGUUUAGAUGCUAUUGCUUCGUGUGUAAGACAUCCCGAGAGGAGGCCGAAAGCGUUGGCGGUAGCGAGGGCGUGGAUGAAGUCAGCAACAUCCUCACCAAAAAGAUCAUGCUGCGCAACCUAGACGCGUUGACAAACGAAGAGGGUGUGCUCACCGCCCUCCAGCAGUACUUGCCUGAUCUAACAAAAACGAUUAGCAAGGUUCUAAUUAGUCGGGACACCUUGACUCAGGCAUCUCGAGGCAUUUGUUACCUUCAGUUCGACACCCUCAUCGACUCGAUGAAUGUCCAUAAUGGCUUGACAGCACUAAAUCCACCGCUUACGCUGGAUGAUCGGCCUGUUGCCAUUACUUAUUGCAUUGACGCGGAGGAACACCAAACAGGGUCAAAGGAUGCAAGUACAACGGCAACCAAGGGCAGCGAAGAAAGCCAUCAGAAUAGGGAUGCUGCAUUAGUGUCACCCUCGGGUCUUGGUGGCAACUACACCCUGGCGGAUGUGCCACGUCUCGCCGAGUACAGUGCCUCAUUAUAUGCCUCAAAUCCCGCAGAGCAGGCGCACUACGUUCAAUACUACACAGACUUCUACACCUCCGAGAUAAGCAAGAAAAAUGCAGAUCCACAAUUGACGGAGGCAAAUUCAGGGGCUGCUGUGGCCCUUUCGGCCAUACAGCGCAAGCAGAAGAAAAUGAACAGUAUAGAGACCACGAUCACAGCGGCGGCCGCAGCAGCUGCCCAAGCAGCUGCUGAAGUAAAAGCUUCCUUUGCUGCCCAAGCUAUAAGUUCUGCGCCUAGGGGUAACGACGGGAAGACGUACCCCGCACCCGAUGUAUCGCAAUAUCAAUAUGAUGAGACCUCGGGUUACUACUACGACCGCACCACAGGCCUCUACUACGAUGCGCACUCACAGUACUACUACAACAACGAAACGGGUGCGUAUCUGUACUGGGAUCAGAAGAGAAGCACCUAUGUGCUGGCCACUCCUGCUUCCACGCAGGCAGCUCUCCAGGAAGUACUGGCUGACGCCGAGCAGAAGGAGGAUGAUGCCAAAAAGGCGAAGGAAAAGGAGAAAGACAAGGAGGGCGGCGCCAACAAGCACGAUAAGGUCAAGGUGGCCAAGAAAAUAGUCAAGGAUAUGGAAAAGUGGGCCAAGCAGCUGAAUCAGAAGAAGGACUACACUGUGGUGGCUACGCCGCAGCCCAUCCUUUCGGCCCACGACGGUCCCAGCACCUCGCGGGGCUCUCAAGGAGGAUAUGCUGACCUGGGAUUCUCCAUUUUGGAAAAGAAGGAGAGGGCCAAGCUCACCGACUUCAUGUCACAGGCUGUACCGACCGGAACAAACAAGGUUGUUAAUGCGUAUGGCGGAGGAUCGGAAUCUGAAGAGGAAGGUGCUGGCAACUUACAGAAUGUCCAGAGUUCAAUGGGAACUGGACCUGUAAGUGGAAGUGUCGAUGAAUCGGACUACGUGGACUUCCAAAAGUUAACGUGUCAGCUCUGCAAACGUGCCUUCCAAUCGCUGGACAUCCUUCAGAAGCAUUUAAAGAUGUCAAAUUUACACAAGGAAAACUUGGCAAAGCUCAACCAAAGCUCGGGAGGCGGCGGCGUUGACGAGAGCCUAUCAUAUCGUGAUCGUGCUAAGGAGCGUAGGCUUAAGUACGGAGAAAGCGAUCCCCCGCCACCGAAUCGAAGUAGAGAGCGUUUCGAGCAGGAGAUCAAGACUUUGCAGACGAGGCAGAAGGACAUCUCGGGACCGGCUGCCGCCAUGCCCAUCUGCUCCAGCAACGUGGGAAGUCGCCUGCUGCAGAAGAUGGGCUGGUCAGAGGGCCAGGGUUUAGGGAGAAAGAACCAAGGUCGCACACAGAUCAUAGAGGCUGAAGGUCGCACCAACAAUGUGGGUCUGGGAAACAAGGCAGGCAACAUGAUGCCGGGCAACGACUAUAAAUCCUACAUCAAGAAGAUGAUGAAGCAGCGAUAUGAGAAUGCAUGAAAAUAGGUUAAUUAUCAAACAAAGAGCUCGAUUCUUUUCAAAAAGUUUAAGCUAAUAGAUGAUAUUUUAACGGCAAUUUUUGUAUCCAUUACAUUUUUUUGAUUUUUCGAAAUCUUUACAUUUUAUUCUUGAAACUAAGCGCCAGUGAAUCAGAAAAACCAUAUUAUUGGUUUAGAGCCUGCCUUUGGCUUGUCAGGGAUACGUGAAAAGGUCUUGAAUAGCAAAUAUUUUUAAGAUUA